AGUUUCAGACGAACCGCCUGACGAGCAGGCCACCCUCGCUGCAGAGCGGAGCACACAGUCGCUUUUACCGACAUCGACGAGAACAUUUACUUUAUACCGUGCAAAACGGAAAUUUACCUUUCUUCCGUAAAAAUUUUUGCACUCACUUUCCACGGUGGAAAUUGGUGAAAUGGGAGAAGCGUAAAAAGAAUAAACCAAUUGAAUUUUAUUUUUGUAAAAUUAAGGUGCCGAUACCCCUAAUAUUUGAAAUUGAUCCAACGAAGGUAAACCGCGAGGCAGUGAAAUAGAAAAAUGUUUUGGAUUCUAAGGAGGACGGGUGCUGCAAAUUUUUUCAACUCAAUUAAUAACAAUUAUUCAUCAAAAGCGAACACAAUCAACAACCAAAAUUCAGAUAAAAAUAACCCGAGGCCCCCACGUAAAGCUUAUGGUAGAUUGAGUGUGGAUUCAGACGACAACAACUCCAUAAGACGUGACAUGCCUGCAGCAACGGAGACGUCAUUAAUUGAUUUUGAUAAUUGUCCAUGCGACACUGCAAAAGGACCACCAGGUAUGAGGGAUACAGAUGGCAAUAUUGAGGAAUCCGACUCGGAGUUGGAGCUGGAGAAUACCAUGCGGAAUCAAAUACUCCGGAAUCGGAGGUACGAUGACAACGCUAUUGCCCGACUUCAAGCAAUGGCAAUGUCCGACGAUGAGGACUACGAUGAAUCUCUGACUUGCAAUGUGUGCGACAGAGCUUUCCACUGUCACAGACAACUUGCCAACCACCAGCAGAAGAAGAGACACUUUGGGUGUAGCGGCUGCGACAGUCUCUUCCCAUCCCUGAUGCUCCUGGAGCACCACAAGGAAGAGUUUGAGCACUGGAGUGACAUUGAUGACGACCAUCGACGCUACCCCUGCUGCCGGAGGAAUCGUGGGGAGGAGUAUUCAGACACAGAAACGGGGACCAGCGAUGCUGAGAGUGAAGAUCUCGAGAGACUACUCUAAAUCCUCCAUGCGCCGAUAUAUGGCACAACGCCAUGACAGAUGAAUUUGUUGUCGUCCAGAAAUUCCCGGCCAUAAAAUGUGCACUACUAUGUGGGUGAUGAAAAUCUUUUUUUUUUCUCUUUUGGCACAAAACAAUAGAAAAGUCCUGGGCAUAAAUUCUCUAACAAGGCGACGAACUUUUUUGUAUAGUUCGGAUUGGCUUCAUAUUUUUACAAAAAAAAUCUUUAUGAUAAUAUAAGACCUAUUUCGAAAGAAUUGUAAGAGUGAAAAAGUCCCAUGAUAAACCCCUGAAGGUUUUAGCGCUUUAAAAGAAUCGUGAAAACUGGGAAAAUCUUACGGGAGUUUAUCACGGAUGCAUUAUUUUUCUUAGAGUUCAUGCUCACAUGAAGUUUUCCUCGCUUUUUUCCUGCAAAAACCCUUUGGGAGUUUAUCACGAGAGCUUUUCACUCUUAGAGAAUACAGCCCCUGGAAAAAAAAUAUUCACACAAGAAAAGUUAAUUUCUUUCUUAUUUUAUUAGAAUCUUUUGCUUAUAAAUUUUUUUUAAAUCUAUUAGUUUAAAAAAUGUUGAAAUAUGUAUUAGAAAAAAUUGUAAAUAUUUUUAUAAAAUUGUUUUAUAUAUUUUUAUAAAUAUUGUCUUGAAUUCUGGGGUGGUAUUGCUUAAUUUUUUAUUGAGAUGAAAUGAGUUGAAAAAUAAAGUUUUUUUAGUCAAAUACCAGUCAAGCAGAAAACGAUGAAGGAACAUGAAAAUUAAGAUUUACAAAUAAAACACUUUUAAUUUAAUUUUUCGUGGUUCUAUGAACUUCCACUCAUCUGAAAAUUGAAAUUAAAUAUUUACAAAAUUAUAUAUUCCACGUGAAAUGGAAAAUCAGAAGUAUAGGUACCACCCCAGUAAUUAAUUCAAAUCAAUCGAGGUACAUAUUUAAUGAACAUUUGAUAUUAUUACAUUACGCCAAACAAUAAAAUUAAACAAAUCGGCUAUAUGAAAAAAAUGAUAAAAAAAUACAUUAUAAAUAAAAUUAUUGAACCCUGAUAUUUUAAUUUAAUUUCAAACAUAAAAAAUAAUUAUCUGACCUUUAACAACAUUUCAAAAUUGGUACAAUGAUAUUUGCCAAUAGAGAGUUAUGUAUCUGAAGCAAACUCAACAUUUAUAGUUUAUUGAAAAUGAAAGAAAAAAAUGUGCGAGGUGUGCCACAAUUUGAUAUGGAAAUUGUUAUCACCCAAAAUUGAUAUGGAAAUUCAAUGCACAACCCAAGAAAAGAUAUAUGAUUAGAAUAAAAAUAUUGAACACCAUAUCCCCUUAUUAUACUCACAAAUUUUUCAGUGAGCCAAUUAUACAUCAUAUAUAUGAAUUUUUGUGCAAAAAAAUGGAAGAUGGACUCUUAGUCGUGUAGGACAAGAAUAUUUUUAGACAAAAUCAAAAAAAAAAAAGAAAGAAAAAUUUAUAUUGUAUUCAAUUAGACAAGAGUAAAAACAAAAUGUAAGCCAUAAUUCGUAGAAAUGCGUAUAUCCUUCCAGUAUCCUUUCCCCUGAUCCAAAUUAGGACAAGCAUGCAAAGGGAGAAGGAAAUAUUUGAAAACGAUAAGCAAACAGUAUUAUUACCUAACUUUGAAGCACAACCCCAUAACACACGUAAAUAUAUCCAAAUUUAUGUACAAAAAAAUGAAUAAGUCGUUAUAUCACGGAUCUCGACAUCAAAAAAAUGGAGAUCCCAUCAAAUGGAAAUGCAUGUAAAAAAAAAGUGGGUAAUAAAAAAAUACAGAAUGAAA